GGAGUGCUGGGUGUGAGCCAGCAGCUCCCGGGGUGGCUGUGCCCAGUGCCUCCAGAGGCAAGACGUAAAGCAGCGUCCAGAGAUGAGUGGAACAUCAGGACAGUGUCUGCAGCUCUAAUCCGAAAGUCCUGAUGGGACCGCUUUGGUCCGCUGCGUGGAUUGUUUUGGGGAGCUGGCGUUUUCUACGUUAGACGCAAGGACAGGAGUCGUGCCAGGACGCAUGGUGUCACUAACCCCCCUAACCUAGGAUGAUCUGUCCUGUGUUUGCACUAGUGACGUUAUCAGAGCCUGGGGAAGAGACAUGGAACCCGGGCUGGGCGUCAUAAAAGUUCAUUUUGGAAGUGGAUAACUGCCCAGAUUGCAAGAAUAACAAGAGUGCUGAGAGCACAAUUUGGAGGAGCCAUGGAAGAGUCUUCCCAACCCACUAAACCCCUGGAGAUGAACCCUCACUCUCGCUUUAUUAUUGGUUCUGUGUCAGAGGAUAACUCCGAAGAUGAGACAAGCUCCUUGGUGAAACUUGACCUGCUAGAGGAGAAAGAGAGGUCUUUGUCGCCUGUGUCUGUCUGCUCGGAUUCCCUUUCAGACCUAGGACUCUCCAGUGCUCAGGAUGGCCUGGCAAGCCAUAUGAGGCCCAGCAUGUCUGGCUUACACCUUGUAAAGCAAGGCCGGGACAGGAAGAAAGUUGACGUGCAGCGGGAUUUCACUGUGGCUUCUCCAGCAGAAUUUGUUACUCGUUUUGGAGGGAAUAAAGUUAUUGAGAAGGUCCUGAUAGCCAAUAAUGGGAUUGCAGCAGUGAAAUGCAUGAGAUCGAUCCGACGCUGGUCCUAUGAGAUGUUUCGAAAUGAGCGGGCGAUCAGAUUUGUUGUCAUGGUGACUCCUGAGGAUCUGAAAGCAAACGCAGAGUAUAUUAAAAUGGCGGAUCACUAUGUCCCAGUUCCAGGAGGACCAAACAACAACAACUAUGCAAAUGUGGAACUCAUUCUUGAUAUUGCUAAACGGAUUCCAGUGCAGGCUGUAUGGGCUGGCUGGGGCCAUGCCUCCGAGAACCCUAAACUACCAGAACUUCUCCACAAAAAUGGGAUUGCUUUCAUGGGUCCUCCAAGCCAAGCAAUGUGGGCUUUAGGAGAUAAAAUUGCUUCAUCAAUAGUGGCUCAGACUGCUGGCAUCCCAACUCUUCCUUGGAGUGGCAGUGGUCUUCGAGUAGACUGGCAAGAAAAUGAUCUUCAGAAACGUAUCCUGAAUGUUCCUCAGGAGCUAUAUGAAAAAGGCUAUGUGAAAGAUGCAGACGAUGGACUGCGGGCUGCUGAAGAGGUUGGCUACCCUGUCAUGAUCAAGGCCUCUGAAGGAGGAGGAGGAAAAGGAAUUAGGAAAGUUAACAAUGCAGAUGACUUCCCCAACCUUUUUAGACAGGUUCAAGCUGAAGUCCCAGGCUCUCCAAUCUUCGUAAUGAGGCUAGCCAAGCAGUCCCGCCACUUGGAGGUGCAGAUCCUGGCAGAUCAGUAUGGCAAUGCCAUCUCUCUCUUUGGUCGGGACUGCUCUGUGCAGCGCAGGCACCAGAAGAUUAUUGAAGAAGCACCUGCUUCUAUUGCGACUUCGGUGGUAUUUGAGCACAUGGAGCAGUGUGCAGUGAAGCUUGCCAAAAUGGUGGGAUAUGUGAGCGCGGGCACUGUGGAAUACCUCUACAGCCAGGAUGGCAGUUUUUACUUUCUGGAGUUGAAUCCCCGUCUGCAAGUGGAGCACCCCUGCACGGAGAUGGUAGCUGAUGUUAAUCUGCCGGCAGCACAGCUCCAGAUUGCCAUGGGGAUUCCGCUCCACAGGAUCAAGGAUAUCCGAGUGAUGUAUGGUGUUUCUCCGUGGGGAGAUGGAGCUAUUGAUUUUGAGAAUUCAGCUCAUGUUCCCUGUCCACGUGGCCAUGUUAUUGCUGCACGUAUCACCAGUGAGAAUCCUGAUGAGGGAUUUAAGCCUAGUUCUGGUACAGUCCAGGAACUGAAUUUCCGCAGCAAUAAGAACGUCUGGGGCUAUUUCAGUGUUGCUGCUGCAGGAGGGCUUCAUGAGUUUGCUGAUUCUCAGUUUGGUCACUGCUUCUCUUGGGGCGAGAAUCGUGAAGAAGCCAUCUCAAACAUGGUGGUGGCUUUGAAGGAGCUGUCCAUCCGAGGGGAUUUCCGAACCACUGUUGAGUACUUGAUUAAACUGUUGGAAACAGAAAGCUUCCAGCAGAACCGCAUUGACACUGGCUGGUUGGAUCGGCUUAUUGCUGAGAAAGUACAGGCUGAAAGGCCUGAUACCAUGCUAGGAGUGGUAUGUGGAGCUCUUCAUGUGGCUGAUGUGAGCUUACGGAACAGUGUCUCAAACUUCCUGCACUCUCUAGAAAGGGGCCAAGUUCUGCCUGCUCAUACUCUGCUAAACACCGUGGAUGUGGAACUCAUCUAUGAAGGACGGAAGUAUGUGCUGAAGGUGACCCGACAGUCUCCCAACUCCUACGUGGUCAUCAUGAACAGCUCCUGUGUAGAAGUCGAUGUGCACCGGCUGAGCGAUGGAGGACUGCUCCUGUCCUAUGAUGGCAGCAGCUAUACUACUUACAUGAAGGAAGAAGUGGACAGGUAUCGUAUCACUAUAGGUAACAAGACCUGUGUGUUUGAAAAGGAAAACGAUCCCUCCAUCCUGCGCUCGCCUUCAGCUGGGAAGCUUAUUCAGUAUGUGGUGGAGGAUGGCGGACACGUGUUUGCAGGCCAAUGCUUUGCAGAAAUCGAGGUGAUGAAAAUGGUGAUGACACUAACAGUAGGAGAAUCGGGCUGCAUCCAUUAUGUCAAACGCCCUGGGGCAGUGUUGGAUCCAGGCUGUGUGAUUGCCAAGCUCCAACUGGAUGAUCCCAGCAGGGUUCAGCAGGCUGAACUGCACACGGGUACCUUGCCACAGAUCCAGAGCACAGCACUUCGAGGCGAGAAACUCCAUCGCAUCUUCCAUUAUGUCCUAGAUAACCUGGUCAAUGUGAUGAACGGAUACUGCCUGCCAGAGCCCUACUUCAGCAGCAAGGUGAAGGGCUGGGUUGAGCGACUAAUGAAGACCCUGAGAGAUCCAUCUUUGCCUCUGCUGGAACUUCAGGACAUCAUGACCAGUGUUUCUGGACGGAUCCCACCCAAUGUGGAGAAGUCCAUCAAGAAGGAGAUGGCCCAGUAUGCCAGCAACAUCACAUCAGUCCUUUGCCAGUUUCCCAGCCAACAGAUUGCCAAUAUCCUGGAUAGCCAUGCAGCCACUUUGAACCGCAAAUCAGAGCGUGAGGUCUUCUUCAUGAACACGCAGAGCAUUGUGCAGCUUGUACAAAGGUACCGGAGUGGUAUUCGGGGUCACAUGAAGGCUGUGGUGAUGGACCUGCUCCGGCAGUAUCUGAAGGUGGAGACUCAGUUUCAGCAUGGUCACUAUGACAAGUGUGUCUUUGCCCUUCGGGAAGAGAAUAAAAGCGACAUGAAUGCUGUAUUGAACUACAUCUUCUCACAUGCUCAGGUCACCAAGAAGAACCUGCUUGUUACAAUGCUCAUUGACCAGCUAUGUGGCCGUGACCCCACCUUGACAGAUGAGCUGAUUAAUAUUCUGACAGAGCUGACCCAGCUCAGCAAGACAACCAACGCCAAAGUGGCUCUACGAGCACGGCAGGUUCUCAUUGCUUCCCAUUUGCCGUCCUACGAGCUGCGUCACAACCAGGUGGAGUCCAUCUUCCUGUCCGCUAUUGACAUGUAUGGACACCAGUUCUGCAUUGAGAACCUGCAGAAACUCAUUUUGUCAGAAACAUCUAUCUUUGAUGUGCUACCCAACUUUUUCUACCACAGUAACCAGGUGGUAAGAAUGGCAGCUUUAGAGGUGUAUGUUCGAAGGGCAUACAUUGCCUACGAAUUAAACAGCGUCCAGCAUCGCCAGCUGAAGGAUAACACUUGUGUGGUGGAGUUCCAGUUCAUGCUACCUACCUCCCAUCCAAACAGAGGGAACAUCCCCACGCUAAACAGAAUGUCCUUCUCUUCCAACCUCAACCACUACGGGAUGGUCCACGUAGCCAGCGUGAGUGACGUGCUGCUAGACAACUCGUUCACUCCGCCGUGCCAGCGGAUGGGUGGAAUGGUCUCCUUCCGCACCUUUGAAGAUUUUGUCAGAAUCUUUGAUGAAGUGAUGAGUUGUUUCUGCGACUCUCCUCCCCAGAGCCCAACCUUCCCUGAAGCUGGCCAUGCUUCCUUGUAUGAUGAAGACAAGGCCGCCCGUGAGGAGCCCAUUCACAUUCUUAACGUUGCUAUUAAAACUGACAGUGAUGUUGAUGAUGAUGGGCUGGCAGCCAUGUUCAGGGAGUUCACACAAAGCAAGAAAUCGGUCCUGAUUGAACACGGGAUUCGGAGACUGACUUUCCUUGUAGCACAAAAGGACUUCAGGAAACAGGUCAACUGUGAGGUGGAUCAGAGAUUUCAUAGAGAAUUUCCAAAGUUCUUCACGUUCCGUGCCCGGGAUAAGUUUGAAGAAGAUAGAAUCUACCGUCAUCUGGAGCCAGCUCUGGCCUUCCAGCUGGAGCUGAACAGAAUGCGAAACUUCGACCUCACUGCCAUCCCAUGUGCCAACCAUAAAAUGCAUCUCUACCUUGGAGCAGCUAAAGUUGAAGUAGGAACAGAGGUGACAGACUACAGGUUCUUCGUGAGGGCUAUUAUAAGGCAUUCAGACCUGGUUACCAAGGAAGCCUCCUUUGAGUAUCUGCAAAAUGAAGGAGAGCGAUUGCUUUUGGAAGCCAUGGACGAGCUGGAGGUGGCAUUUAAUAACACCAACGUGCGCACUGACUGCAAUCACAUCUUCUUAAAUUUUGUGCCUACUGUCAUCAUGGACCCGUCAAAGAUUGAAGAAUCCGUGCGGAGCAUGGUGAUGCGCUACGGGAGUCGCCUGUGGAAACUCCGCGUCCUCCAAGCCGAGCUGAAGAUCAACAUUCGGUUGACACCGACCGGGAAGGCAAUUCCCAUUCGUCUCUUCCUGACCAACGAGUCAGGCUACUACUUGGACAUCAGUCUGUACAAAGAAGUAACGGACUCCAGGACAGCACAGAUUAUGUUCCAGGCCUAUGGGGAUAAACAGGGGCCACUUCAUGGGAUGCUGAUCAAUACCCCGUACGUGACCAAGGACCUGCUUCAGUCCAAGAGAUUCCAAGCACAGUCUUUAGGGACAUCCUAUGUCUAUGACAUUCCUGAGAUGUUUCGGCAGUCUUUGAUUAAACUCUGGGAUUCGAUGAAUGAACAUGCAUUCCUGCCAACACCACCGCUGCCGUCUGACAUACUAACGUACACCGAGUUGGUGUUGGAUGAUCAGGGCCAGCUCGUGCACAUGAACAGGCUGCCGGGAGGAAAUGAGAUUGGGAUGGUAGCUUGGAAAAUGACUCUCAAGACCCCCGAGUAUCCAGAAGGCCGCGAUAUCAUUGUCAUUGGCAACGACAUUACCUACCGGAUCGGUUCUUUCGGGCCUCAAGAAGACAUGCUGUUCCUGAGGGCUUCAGAGCUUGCCCGAAGCCAUGGCAUACCCCGUAUCUACGUGGCUGCCAACAGCGGAGCCAGGAUCGGCUUGGCCGAGGAGAUUCGGCACAUGUUCCAUGUUGCAUGGGAAGACCCGGAUGACCCAUACAAAGGAUACAAAUACUUGUACCUGACACCUCAGGACUAUAAAAAAGUCAGUGCUCUGAACUCAGUUCACUGUGAACAUGUGGAGGACAACGGAGAGUCCAGGUAUAAGAUAACAGAUAUUAUCGGGAAGGAAGACGGACUUGGAAUAGAGAACCUCAGAGGAUCUGGCAUGAUUGCUGGAGAAUCAUCUUUAGCCUAUGACAGUAUUAUCACCAUCAACUUGGUUACUUGUCGAGCGAUUGGAAUUGGAGCUUACCUUGUUCGGCUCGGGCAGAGGACCAUCCAGGUUGAGAACUCUCAUAUAAUCCUGACUGGCUGCGGAGCCCUUAACAAGGUGCUUGGACGGGAAGUUUACACCUCCAACAACCAGCUGGGUGGGAUCCAGAUAAUGCACAACAACGGGGUGACGCACGGCACCGUGUGCGACGACUUCGAAGGAGUCUACACCAUUCUGCUGUGGCUUUCCUACAUGCCAAAGAGUGUGUACAGCCCUGUUCCUAUCCUCAAAGUCAAAGACCCUAUAGACAGAACCAUAGACUAUAUGCCUACCAAGACUCCCUAUGAUCCUCGCUGGUUGCUGGCUGGCCGCCCAAAUCCAAGUCAAAAAGGACAAUGGCUGAGUGGUUUCUUUGACAAUGGCUCCUUCCUGGAGAUCAUGCAGCCCUGGGCCCAGACAGUUGUGGUUGGCAGAGCAAGGCUGGGAGGAAUACCUGUAGGAGUUGUUGCUGUAGAAACGAGGACAGUGGAGCUGAGUAUCCCCGCCGACCCCGCAAACCUGGACUCGGAGGCCAAGAUAAUCCAGCAGGCUGGCCAGGUGUGGUUCCCUGACUCGGCCUUUAAGACGGCCCAGGCUAUCAACGACUUCAACAGAGAGGGGCUGCCUCUGAUGGUCUUUGCCAACUGGAGAGGCUUCUCUGGUGGGAUGAAAGACAUGUAUGACCAAGUGCUGAAGUUUGGUGCCUACAUCGUGGACGGCCUGCGGGAGUAUCGGCAGCCCGUGCUCAUUUACAUCCCGCCGCAGGGGGAGCUGAGAGGGGGAUCCUGGGCUGUGAUGGACCCGACCAUCAAUCCUCGUCACAUGGAGAUGUACGCCGACAGGGAGAGCAGAGGAGGAAUCCUGGAACCGGAGGGGACGGUGGAAAUCAAAUUCCGCAGGAAAGACCUGGUGAAGACAAUGAGGCGAGUGGACCCCGUCUACAUCCACCUGGCGGAGCGCCUCGGUACCCCUGAGCUGAGCCCUGCGGACCGAAAAGAUCUGGAGACGAAGCUGAAGGAGCGGGAGGAGUUCCUGAUCCCCAUUUACCACCAGGUCGCCAUGCAGUUUGCCGACUUGCACGACACACCCGGCCGGAUGCAGGAGAAGGGUGCCAUAACUGACAUUCUAGACUGGAAAACUUCUCGUACCUUCUUCUACUGGAGGCUGAGACGUCUUCUUCUGGAGGACGUGGUCAAAAAGAAGAUCCACGACGCCAACCCUGAGCUGACCGAUGGGCAGAUCCAGGCUAUGCUGAGACGCUGGUUUGUGGAAGUCGAAGGGACGGUAAAGGCGUACCUGUGGGACAGUAACAAGGACCUGGUGGAGUGGCUGGAAAAGCAGCUAACGGAAGAGGAAGGCAUUCGCUCUGUUGUAGAUGAAAACAUCAAGUACAUCUCCAGGGACUACAUCCUCAAGCAGAUAAGGGGCCUGGUCCAGGCCAACCCGGAGGUUGCCAUGGAUUCGAUCGUGCACAUGACCCAGCAUAUAUCACCCACCCAGCGAGCGGAGAUCGUGCGGAUCCUCUCCACAAUGGACUCGCCUUCUUCAACGUAAGAGCAUCGAUUUCCCGUACUCCCCCCUGCCCGGUACAGUGGAGGAAAAAAAAAAAAAAAAAGCUCAGAAUUGCCCUUUGUCUGCUCGACUGCGACCACUGUACCGAGACGGGGAGGCUCAGGGAAAUGCUGGAAGAGUGACAUUUUUAUUUUUUCAAAUCAGACUGACCAGAGGAAGUGUGUUCUUUGGCCACAGACACGAGGAAAAUGUAUAAACACAAGCGCCUGCGGAAUUGAGUUACAGCUGUCUAACUGUACCUUAUUUAUUUAACAAAGUGUGACUGGACCAAUGCAUCAGUUAGCUGUUCGACAAAACCACAGCCAGGCAAUGACGGGUACGCUGGUACCGUGAGGUCUUGGCAUAGCCCAGCAGGGGCUGAGUACGCCCCUGUUCCCCUGCCCGCUUCUCUCAUCACACCCGGCCUGGCAGCGGCCGCGGGGUGCUGCCACGUGCCAACGUUACACCCCUGACACCCCACGGGGGCAUUCGCUGCGGGCUGAGGCAAGGCAGGACCCUCGGGUGCAGGUGAGAGCCCCCCCUUGUCCCUGGAGCUGGGAAAUGCUCCUGUGUGGUGUUGUGUGCGCGAGUGGCAUCCGCCACCGAGUCAGCCCUCUUGUCUCUGUCAGCCAGUGCGAUUUUUAUUCCAGACGUCUGUCUUGUUACUCAGUAGUAGAACAGCAUUUAAAGCCGCAUGGCCAGUGCUGUGCCUGAGGCUCCUGGGCUUCCCAGGGCUGCUCCCCAAUGGGGGAAGCGGCAGGGCAGGGCUUUGCGGGCUCCAGCUCUUUGCCUUUGUGCCUGAUUCUUUUAGAACGGGUCACUAAGGUGUGUGAGAAGCCCUUCUAGGAGGAGAUAAAAGAGGAGACCAAAACACAGCUGUUCAGCCAUUUCUGCUCUGCCUUCCCUACUCGUUUUGAGGGAUAACACACACGGGGCAGCCCCACUUCUGCAUAUACUUCAUCUAAGUGCUAAUUCCUUUCAUAUGAGUAGGCAGCCAAAGCAAAAAGCAGAUACGUAAGGGAGUGGAAGGGACAGAGUCAAACACACAAUGGGGUUAGAACUGCAAAAGGAAAAUUCGGUUGAAGGCACCUGAGCAGCUUUUCUCCCGUGCCCAUCCCUGCCCCAGAGCUGACUUGAGCGCUGGCCGCACCACCUGGGUCGCCCUCAUGGGCAGCUGGGGAAGGGGCUCAGAUCCUUCACACGAGACAGAAAUAUUAAAAAGAAGUUACUUUUUGGUCAUCACGUUCUUUAGCACCAGCUGGCACGUUCACCUGUUCCAGUGGUCACUGUGCAGCCAGAACGGUCCGCAGUUGGUCCACAGUCGCUGUUGGGCAGGGAAGUGCGGAGCCACCCGGGGCCAGGCUGCCCACCGAGACUGCCCCGGGGCCUUUGCCAAUCUCGACACUUUUUUAUUUUCAAGGGCCUCCUGACCAUAAUAAAAGAUCAGGUAUGCAGGAAGUCUGUAAAAAGUAAUGUUGGAGAGCUUACACCAAUGAUUGUCUUAAAAGUAUUUCAGAUUUUACAAAUCCACUUUUAGUAUUGCACGAAUCAGAAGGGAUGUUUUUAUGAGAAUUAAUUACAGUGCCAGUGCCUCACACCUGUGCUCUUUCCUUCCGAGCUGCAGCGCACCCCUUCUGCGCAUGGGGUGCGAGAGCUCUUGCAAAAUCAAGGUGCAGCACCGUGGGUGGCUGUUCUCCUCCCCAGAGAGCACAGCAGCAUGGCCCAUGGUGCCUGGAGUCAUCUGAAGGACUAGCCUCGUCUUAAUAGUUUAGAACCCUAAUUUGAUUUCAAAGACUCUUUUUUUCCACUAGAGCCCCCCGAACAACCCCCUAAAGAUGCUUUUACUUAGGCCAACCUGGGCUGCAGCAGGACACGAAGGACAGACAGAGAAUGUCUCAGCCAGGCAGGACUGCUCGGGGUGGGCGAGCGCAGUGCACGGACAUCUCGUUGGGCUCCUCCGCUGUCACCAGCAUUUCCUUCGUGGUGUUGUCGCAGACCGGUCCAUUGCCGUGGUGUCUGCAGGUAUCAGUGGGAAAUGUCCUGGUGCCCACAGCUCCGUUCCCCGUGCCUGGGGGGAGCUGCAGCUGCCAAAGCCUGGGCAAGAGCAGAGCCUCUCUAGCUCAGCGUUACAGGCACUGGGGCAGGCUCGACUUAAUUUGGGGGUAAAGUAGCUCCAAAAAAAAACCAGCCAGUAGUUAGCAUUGGAGCUGGUUGGAAGUUGAAGCCUGGCUCUAGCCCUGGGAGCACUGUGGAGGUCCAGGAGCGCGGUGCCAGCGGAUGUCGCGGGGUGCUGCAGGCGUGUGGGGCAGUGCCCGAAGCGAGCCGGGCGGCGAGGCAGGCGCUGCGGGGAAACCACCCUCGGUACAUACAGUUCUUGCUGGUGCUGAAGUACUUCACUUACCUCAAUUUCUUUUAAUAAAAAGAAUGAAUUACA